AUGCCGGACCCCUUAGCGAACCCUGCGAGCGUGACGAUAAUCCACCCGGAUCUGGGAAUUGGCGGCGCGGAACGUCUAAUCAUCGAUCUUGCGCUCGCCCUCCAGAGCAACGGACACAAGGUCACCAUCUACACCUCGCACCGAGAUAAGUCGCAUUGCUUCGAGGAGGCGAGGGACGGAACAUUAGAUGUGAGGGUGCGAGGAGAUACGAUAUUUCCUGUGCAUAUUGGAGGUCGGUUCCACGUUUUGUUCGCGGUGUUGAGGCAGGUCCAUUUGACCUGGAGUUUGUUGGGCGAGUUGGCGCAAACAAAAGGAGGGGACACUGAGGAGGUGUUUAUUGUUGAUCAGGUUCCGGCCUGCGUUCCUCUCUUGAAAGUGUUUGGGCCACGGCAACACCACGAGAAUGGGAAGCAGAGGAUUCUCUUUUACUGCCACUUCCCCGACCAACUGCUUGCGAGACGAGAUGAGGGUUCGAGUCUGCUUACGACAGUGAAGACGUUAUACCGGUAUCCGUUCGACUGGUUUGAAGGAUGGGCUAUGAGUGCGUCGGACCGGGUCGUCGCGAACUCGAAGUUUACAAGAGGUGUUGUCAAGGAUACCUUUGGAGGAGAGAAGCUGGGAGAUGUAAAGGUUGUUUAUCCGUGUGUCGACACGACGCAGAAAGUUGGCGAAGCAGAUGGAAAUCUAUGGGGCGGGAAAAAGAUCUUGCUGAGCGUGAACCGGUUUGAGCGAAAGAAGGAUCUCGCCCUGGCGAUUCGCGCGUAUCACGGACUCGGAGAGGCGAAGAGACAAGGAACGAGAUUGGUCAUUGCCGGCGGCUACGACAAUCGCGUUCAGGAAAACGUUCAAUACCACCGAGAACUCGAUAACCUCGCGACAAGCUUAGGGCUCGAAACAGCCACGUCGAAAACCGUCCCCUCUGCCCUCUCCAUUCCCGACUCAAUAGACGUCCUCUUCCUCCCGUCCGUGCCGAGCGCGUUCCGCGAUAUCCUUCUCUCUCAAGCGCGCCUCCUCCUUUACACUCCUAUAAACGAACACUUCGGCAUCGUACCCAUCGAAGCCAUGCGCGCAGGAAUACCGGUCCUUGCAUCAAACACUGGUGGUCCACUCGAGACGAUCGUCGAAGGCGAAACCGGCUGGCUCCGCGACGCCACGGAUGAUUCGCAGUGGACGACCGUUCUGGACAAGGUGCUCUAUCAAUUGAGCGAGAAAGACCUAAAACGAAUGUCGGAGCUAGCCCGUAAGCGAGUCGAGAGCGAAUUCUCUCUGCGAGCGAUGGGUGAAAAGCUAGAGGAAGAGAUAGGCGAUAUGCUGAGCAGCGAGAGGCGGCCGUUUGACGGGUUUCAGCAAGCACUUACUCUCCUUGGGCUGCUGUCGGCACUGUUUUCAGUUGCAAUUGCGCUGAUUGUGAGGUGGUUCCUGAUUGUAUAA